AUGAAUACAAACAAUUUUCCACUUCAGACAUCACAACAAUCAAAAUCGACCGAUGAACAACAUUCACACAAGCCAACUUGUACACGCUGUGGUACCAAUCGACUGAUUGAUAUCACACAUCACGAAUUUCCUAAACAAAAAGGUUUACUUUACGAAUGUAUGUCAUGCGGAAACAAUUCUCUUCACUCCAAUGUCUCAGAUGAUGAACGACAACGUCGUUUAGCGAAAGUUGCAGCUGAUCAUCUAAAUAUCACUGAAUGUCAAUUUUGCUCCCAACGCUUUCAUUCCUAUCAAGAUUACUUGAAACAUUUACAAAGCGAUCACGCAUCACAAUGA